CCCAUACCUAGAUUUUCCUUCGAGCUAAGUUCUGAUGGAUAAAUCUUCCAAGUUCAAACCCUACUCCUCUCUCUUCUCUCUCUAUUAGUCAUGAAGUCUAUUGCACCCAUAGUUUUGUCAACAUGGCUCACGCUGUUGACAUAUAGAAUAUUUGAAUAUGCAUCAUCAAGAAGAAGAAGAAAACAAAUACAAAUUCGUCAUCAUCCCCAGUAUGACGUCAUCGGCGAUCUACCAGACUCUGUCCUGAUCUCCAUCCUCACGCGCCUGCCGGUCGAGGAAGCUGUCCGGACCAGCGUCUUGUCCAAACGGUGGACGAGCCUCUACAAAUUCGUGGCCGACCUCGACCUCCGCUGCCACCACCUCCUCCUCCGCCGUCAUCAUCCUCCCCCUCGUCCUUCCAUAUUCGAUACGGCCCAAGAUAUGGUCCAAGUAUGUAUGCAUCAUUAUUACAACAUAGAUAUCAGCUUCUCCACCGGCAUCCUCGAUGUAUCCUCAAAGUAUUUCGACUCCCGCCGUUGUUCUAAAAUCCGUAGUCUCGUUUUCUGUUGUUGUCUGAGCAAUUCAUACUACAGAUCAUCCAAGGGAAUGUUCCUUGCAUUUGUCAAGUACCUAGCAAACACAGCCCAAGUUCAGAAACUCGUCUUUCAAUGUUGUUGCCGCUCUUGCUCGAUUUCUUGCCUCUACUUUCUUCCCUGGAUGCCCGGCUUGAGGUACUUGGAGUUUCACUCGUCAAUCUCGACUGCGUAUUCGCCCAAUUUGUAUACUAAUAACUCCCUACGGAGUCUGAGGUUGAGUAAAGUUACUCUACGUGAAGGUGCACUUGACAUCAUCUUGUCCAGUUGUUUGGGCCUCUGCUACUUGAGGAUGAAUUGCUGUGAGUUUCCUAGUUCUUCUAGGUUGUGUAUUUGUGGGCCCAACCUUCGAUUGGAGUAUCUCAACAUUGAUAAGUGCAUUGGGGUGCAGCAGAUCAAGUUGUGUGCUAGCAAUCUUGUUACGUUUGAGUUCCGGAGCCGUAUAGCACGGGUCGAGCUCGUAUUCGAACAUGUCCCUCGUCUGCAGAGCAUGUAUUAUGAUGGCUUUCAACGAGACAUUAUGUAUGACGUUCGUGUUAGCCUGUCCUUUGUGUUGCCUCCCAAUCAGCUCAAGUCGUUAACUUUGGAUACCGCAUAUGAUAUUUAUCAGGUUAGCACGCCUGGUCGGAUUAACACAUAUAGUAACCUUAGACAAUUAAGGUUACGGAUUUCUCGUACAGCCUACACGAGUAUGCUUCUAGGGAUAAUUCCAUUUUUGCAGAGUUGCCCACUCUUACAUGAGUUUCACUUGGAUACUGAAUUUGUGAAAGGUGAUGGCCCUAAUUCAAUGAGGCCUGAGACAGCAGAAACUCAUUCCCAGUUGAAAAAAGUGGAAAUAACAGGAUUUUGUGGAUCUAGAAAUGAAAUCGACUUUGCACUUUACAUACUCGAAAAUGCAAUCUGUCUGGAGCAAAUGCAGAUAAGCCGGUGUCCCAAGUGGCACGUUGGGUUUGACAGGUGGCUGAAGUGUGAACACAAGCCUCGCUGGAGUCAACAGACGCGGGAAAACAUCUGCCAACAAUUGCAAGGCCGAUCGCUUUCAGAGACCGCACGCGUAAUUAUUCGACAUUCUCCAACCUACGAUGAUACUUGGUCGAGACGCAAGACUGAUUAUGAUACUCAUUUUCUUUGAUUAAAAAGGUUAACUUUCGUAGUGCAAAUGCAGCAAAAUCCUAGAGGUGAGAUAGUCUAGCUUAUAGUAUUUCUUAGAAGAGGUAGUUGUGUUGUUUAACAUAUCAGUUAUGAAUCCUUUUUAUUUAAGGUUUUUGUUUAAUAUCCGAACACACAUCAUCUGAAAAACCUGGCAAUCUCCUUUGAAAAUCUCCGCUGUCAUUGCUCUGCUGGUAUGAUUAUGAAUUCUCUCGAUUAAAUAUUCUGUGAUUCCGAAGUUCGAAUGAGUUUGUUUAAGUUGAUUUGCUUGUAUGAAUCCGAGAUUUUUUUGUCAAGUAUAAAGAAAUCCAAAUCUCUCAAAAAACUUAGAAGUCCUUUCCUUUUGAAUCUGACUUCUCACUGCAUGCUUGAUUCCCUGCUGGGGAUUAAUUCAAUAGUUUCGAUUUUGAGCUAAUUAGGACCAUUUUUUUAGCUCAAACUUUGUGAUUGAGAUAAUUAGGACCACUUCAAAAUUCGAGACACAUCACAACUGUUCUUAAUUAACACCUAUAUGCGGGCUGUUUCAGUUAUUUUUCUGAUUAUUAUAUAAGUAGGAAACUUUAUAAAUAUAGUUACCGUAAGCCUUCCUCAAACAAUUAUUUAAUGCAUUGUUUUCUACCACAUUUUUGUAUUUGAUCUUCAUCUUUAUAGCAUACGCAUUGUGCUCUAGCGAGUCUAGCUUAUUUAGAGCAGUGAUAAAUGCAUGGGGCAGAAUCUAGGCCCCGAAGUUUCCGUUUCAUGAUGACCGUGCAAAAGAUUUCUGGAGUGUUUCUGAAGCUCUGCCUGAAGACUGCCAUAUUCUUGCUGUUCACUGUAGAAAUAUUCAAACCUUAUUUUUAUUGAUUCUUAUUUUAUUGCCUGCCUGCUUGAUUGUGAAUAAUUUGGUAAUUUUUUUGUUUAUUGAUUAUCUUAAAUUCUUAAUCAAAUCAUGAACCAUGUUAUUCCCAUUGUUUAAAGGUUUGUUAUGUUAAUGUAUACUGCGCAAAGCCCCCGUACACGGCAUUCUUAGAUUUUCAUUUUCUGUUCUUCUCUUUCACAAAACAUUGUCCAUUGUGUUGAUAGCGACAACUUAUCAAAUGCGUUGUGUAGCGAUUCAGAGAAGAUAUUUUACAUGUUACUAAAGUCUAUGAAUAUAUAUUAUCCUUUGUAUUCAUUACUAUAAGAUAGAGUAGGAAAUCUGAAAUAAGGCUUGGAAAGGUAGUAUGGUCUAGGAUGGCUGAUUUUGGAGCUUCACUAGAUUUCUCUUUUUCUUCUGCUUUCUAUAGUUGUGAUCAGUACUUCUCUUUCAGUACUAGGAUUGCCCUUUUUUAUAAGAAAGUUCCUGAGAAAUUUGCAUAUGAUCAGUUAUUUUUUUGGUGUGAACCUCGGUUGCGAAAGGAACCAAAGUUCGUAUAUACUGUGGAUAUGAAUGUUAACAAACUCAUAAGCCUUGGACGUAAUAAUAGUAGCGUUUUGACAGUAAGUGAUGAUCUAUUAUAGUUAUGUUUGAUGUCUUUUCUGCUUUGCAUCUUUAGGUUCUAAAGACACUUGUCGCAGAAUACAUUGGUUUUGAACUUAUUUUUUCCAUCUUUAAGGUUCUGAAGACAUUAGUUUUGAACUUAAUUCUUUGCAUCUUUAAGGUUUUGAAUAGAAGGUUUGACGUAGGAUUUUAAAGAAGAAAGUUUAAGAUAACUUGAAAAGAAAAUUGCAGUUUUGACGCACGUAACGAAUUGAAAUUUAAUAUUUCACUUUGAUAUACGUACAUUUUUAAUUGACGGGCCCAUCAUAUGAACUUUUUGUUGUCGAUGUAGUUGCCAUCAUUGUGC